CAUCGAUAUUUUGCUAACACAGUCGACUUGUCAAACUGAAGAGUAAAGACGUGGACGUGUGAUUAUGUUAUCUGUCAUAUCUGUAAUGAAACUUCUGAAUUAAAUCAUUUUCUAGAAAAAUAACAAACUGUUAGAAAUGUUGUGAUUAAUAGCAAAUAUUAUUGAGAGUUGAAGGUACGUUGUCCACGAUAUAUCGUGUCCAUUAUGGAUUUAUUCUACAAUGAUUUAUAAAAUUUUGCUGUGACGGGAUGAGCAAUAGAGACAUAAUGCGGCGGAAUCACAUGGGCCAUGGGUAUGAGCCGUUGGCGCAGGGGGAUGCCAUGGAGCAGCUCAACGAAGAGAUGGCCACUCAGCUCAAAAACAAAAUCGGAGAACUCAAAUCGCUGUCCAUCGACAUUGGACAAGAGGUGAAGUACCAGGACCGUUUGCUGAGAGAUAUGGACCAGGAUUUCGAGCGUACCGGUGGCUUUUUGCAGAACACCAUGGGUCGCGUCAUGAGGCUAGCGGGCGGGUCGCACAAUUAUUUCAUGCUCUACAUAUUCCUUUUCUCGUUGUUUGUAUUUUUUGUUCUGUAUGUUGUCAUUAAAUUCAGGUGAAAUUUACUUUGAA